AUGGCAAACGAGCCGGCCCAGGUGCGCAUCCAGCUCACCACCCGCCAUGCGGACAUCGCCAUCCCCCAGAACCCCGGCGAGCUUCUGGUCUCGACCUCCCUCCGCCGCUAUGCCCUCUCGACCCUCGUGAACGACCUGCUCGACACGCCGCGGCCCGUUCCCUUUGAGUUCCUCGUCAACGGUCAAUUCCUGCGCGCCUCGAUAGACGACUUCCUGACUGCGAACGGCAUCUCCGCCGAGGCCACUCUCACCGUCGAGUACGUGCGCGCUCUGGUGCCACCGGUGCAUGUCGCCUCCUUGGAGCACGACGACUGGGUCUCUGACGUGGAUGUUCUGUCGAGGCAUUCGCAUGCCGCGCAGUGGAGCAACCGGACGGUGCCCGAGGGCCAGGAAAGAAUACUGUCGGCCUGCUACGACGGCCUGCUGCGCGUUUGGAAUCCUUCAACCUCGCAAGUCGUAGCCACCUCGCCAGCGGCGGGCGGUCACACCUCCUAUGCCACCUCUGCGAAGUUCCUUUCCUCCACAAGCCUCGUCUCAGCAGGCGCUGACCGAACACUGCGCGUUUGGAAAUACAGCGAAGCCCCGGGCGAUUCUCUAGCCUCCUCGUCUUUGACCCCGACUCUAGAGCUGUACGGCCACAAGGCCAGCGUCGACAGCGUUGCUGUCCACGCGCCCUCUUCCCGCAUCCUUUCUGCUUCCGCCGAUGGCAGUGCGGGCGUCUGGAGCACAACACCCGCCGACGCUCCCGCUGCUCCUACGAAUCUGCUGCCCAACGCCUCGACCCAUUCCAGCAAACGCCGUAAAGUGGCUUCGAAAGAGUCGCAACAAGCACCCGGCAAGCCUGCCGCUCAACGUGGCCCUCUUCAGAUGCUCAAUGGACACACCGCCCCCGUCUCUGCUGCCAUCUUCGCGCCCACCGAUCCGACUGUCGCAUACACAACCUCUUGGGACCACACUCUGCGCACCUGGGACCUGCCCACCGGAACAUCCGUCGACACCCGCACGACUGCGCAGUCUCUGCUCAGCUUGUGCGCUCUUCCUGAGCUGCGCUUGCUGGCAGCUGGGACCAGCGCGCGCCACAUCACCCUCUUUGAUCCGCGUGUUGAUGCCCGUUCUGUCGCAGUAUUGACACUUCGUGGUCACUCCAAUGCCGUGGUCGCGCUAUCUCCGCGACCCGGAGACUCAUAUGGUCUGGUGAGCGGCAGUCAUGAUGGGACAUGCAGGAUAUGGGAUGUGAGAAGUGUAAGUGCGGGUGUCAAGACUGAUGGUGACGCGGGUGGUGGUCGGAUCGGCGAGUCCCUAUACCGAAUCACACGCGAGAGCGUUGAAGGAGACAGUGAAAGAAGGGCAGGCGGGGAUGGCGUCAAGGUGUUUGGCAUCGCUUGGAACCAGGACGUAGGUAUUGUGAGUGCCGGCGAAGACAAGAGGGUGCAAAUCAACCGUGGUGAGGACAUAGCCGGCCAUGAAGAUGCCUAG